AUGCCGGCCAAGACAUUUUCGAAAAAGCUUACACCCUCACUGGCCAAACCAGCAAUCAACGACAUCUAUCUGUCCAGAUUAGCUGGCUCCAGGGAGUCAGUUGCAAAACAAGCUUCGAUACCAGAAACAAUAACUGCUCUGGACAACUACCCUCCUUUACUGCGCAUUCCAUCAGAGAUUCGAAGAGAAAUAUUCCGCUACGUACUCCCUUCUUCCACCCAGAGGUUUACCCUUUACACCGAUUGCGACUCCACCGUCAUCAGCAAGAAAUGGAAUCGCAAGUGCAGGCCACAUCCCGACAAGCUCACGCUCGACAUCCUGAGAACCACUCGCCUCAUUUACCAUGAAUGUCUGUCCAUAUUGUACUCAGAAAACCUGUUCCACUUUUACGCCUUCAACUAUCUACCUGUUUUGGACUUCAUACGACACCUGAGUCCCGAAGCCAAAAGCCUAGUUAGGAAGGUCCGCCUCACCCCUCUUACAGAGAACGGAGAAGAAGAGACGGUAAACCACAACGCAUUUUGCACCGUCGUGCACGAUAGCCUGCCAGGCCUCAGCGAGCUACAAGCCGAUCCCCUAGUGUUUUUCUGA